AUGUGGUUGGUGGAGGUGGUGGGGGUGUCGUUUGUGGUGGAGGAUUGGAAGUGGGGUGUAUCGAAGACAAUGGAGAGACUUCGAGAGGGGAGGCGGGGCGGGAAUGUGGAGGGGAAUCCAUUGCCGAUUGGGGAAGAGAUAGGGGGAAAUGAAAAUGUAGGGGGAUUUAGGGUUUUCGUGAUGAGAGCGCUGGUGGAGAAGAUGGGAGAGAGACGAUUCAACGGCAGAGAUUUCUUAUCAAAAGUGAAACGGAAAAGAAUAAUGUUCGUAGGAGAUUCGCUAAGUUUGAACCAAUGGCAAUCGCUCACGUGUAUGCUUCAUGUGUCUGUUCCUAAUGCUAGCUACACCUCCGUGAGGACCGGAGGCCUCUCCACCUUCACAUUCCCGGAAUACAAAACAAAAGUGAUGUUUUCACGCAAUGCAUUUCUAGUAGACACAGUGAAUACAAGUAAAGGUGCUGUUCUGAAACUGGAUUCCAUUGAAGGUGGAAAGUUAUGGAAAGGAAUUGAUGUUUUGAUAUUCAAUACUUGGCAUUGGUGGCUUCACACUGGAAGAAAACAACCAUGGAAUUUUAUCCAAGAGGGGAACAAUGUGUACCAAGACAUGGAUCGAUUGGUAGCAUAUGAGAAGGCUUUGAAUACUUGGGCUAAAUGGGUUGACACCAAUGUACAUCCUGCAAAAACCAUGGUCUUCUUCCAAGGAGUUUCACCCGAUCAUAACAAUGGAAGUGACUGGGGGGAGGACAAAGCAACGUACUGCGAGGGGCAAAAGCAGCCGGUCUCAGGGCCAAAUUAUCCGGCGGGUCCCCACCCAGCAGAGCUCGUUGUAGAGAAAGUAUUGCGAGGAAUACAAAAGCCAGUGUACUUGCUUAACGUCACUGCCCUUUCACAGCUAAGAAAAGAUGGCCAUCCCUCCGUCUAUGGCCAUGGAGGCCACAACGAUAUGGAUUGCAGCCAUUGGUGUCUACCUGGUGUUCCUGAUACUUGGAAUCAACUUCUAUAUGCACUUCUCCUUCAAUUUUAUAACUAAACUAUAGCCACCUAUCUCACUUUUAAGUUUAC